AUGGGCCAGCCACCAGCGGACAUUUCCAAGUCCAAAGGCCAAAACUUUGCCAUCCUCAAGUUCCAACAAAACCAUGAUAUUAUUGGCCAUGGUGUAAGCAUUCUAGCUGCAGGUCCAGUUUCUAUGGAAAAUAAAACAACUAAUACAAAGUCAACAUUUAACAUGAUUUCUGGCACUUCCAUGUCCAGCCCUCAGCUAAUUGGGAUGGCUGGUUUACUCGAAAGCUGCCAUCCAGAUUGGUCUCCAGCUGCUAUAAAAUCUGCUAUCAUGGCUACAGCUACCUUGUAUGGUUCUCAGACACAGACGAGAACAGUGACAAACGUUGGCCCGCAAAGCUCAUCCUACACCUAUGAAGCCGUUGCACCAGUAGGAGAUAUAGAUGUUAGUGUAAAACCGAAUCAGAUUGCUUUUACAGCGGUGAACCAGAAGGCAACUUACUCGGUGACAUUUACCAGACAAAUGAACAUCAGCUUGCAAUUUUCCCAAGGACGUCUCAAGUGGAUUCCUGCUCAGCAUAAUGAAGGAAGCACAGACCUAAUCAAUCCCAUGCAUGGGCAACUCAUACAAAAGCUUGUUAGUAGUUAUUAUUUGGUUCACAAUCGUCCAUCAUUUUAA